AUGGGUAGCGAACUAACCCAACGGCCUCACGAAAAGUUAUGUCAAAAAAUCUAUAGCAGUAGCGUUGGAACUGUCGUUAACCUUGCCAAUGAGCCAGCAAUCGCCUUCACGCGAAUUCAAGAACACAUCCAGAAAACCUCUCCUCACUUAGUCGAAGAAAAGAAUAGAUCGUCCCUUUAUGCUGAGAAGCUACGAGGAAUUAACUACGACCUCGAAGGCUGUCUGGAAGCUCUUGCUGCUCUCCCUAAGGCCGAGGAAAAUCUUGCCAGCCUCAUGGAGAAGCUGAAUUCCAUCACAAGGCUUCAACAGGACGUCCUGACCAAACAGCGCAACAGAAAGUCGCACGAUGCAUUUGAAAUUGGUGUCGACGUGGUCGCUCUACUUACGGACGAACCCUGA